GAAAGUAAUAAAUUUUUCUUCAAAUAUUUCUCCUUCUUUUUGUAUUUCUAACAUGGUAUCAGAGCACCAUCAGUGAAUUUGGCUUUACUUCUAGUCCUCAUGAUACUGCACCAUUCAUACGCGAGACUGAUCAUGGUAUGGUUCUACUCCUUAAUGUUGAUGAUAUGAUUAUUACUGGAGAUGAUAUUUCAAGUAUUCAUGAUCUUAAGCAAUUUUUCAGUCAUAAAUUUGAAAUGAAAGAUCUGGGUGUUUUGAGCUAUUUCUUGGGCCUUGAGGUCACCUCUUCUAAUGAUGGUUAUCUUCUCUCUCAAACAAAAUAUGCUUCUGAUCUUAUAUCUAAAGCUAGACUCAUUGACAAUAAGACUGCAUCUACUCCUCUUGAGCCCAAUGUUCGACUUACAUCCAUAGAUGGUUCUCCAUUAGCUGAUCCUACUAGCUAUCAACAGUUGGUUGGGAGUACCAUGUUUCAUGGACUUCACUUUUCUACUCAUUCAUCUCUUGAAUUUCGUGCUUACUCUGAUGCUGAUUGGGCUGGAGGCUCUAAUGAUCGUAAAUCCACCAGUAGAUAUUGUCUUUUUCUUGGUGAUUCCUUAAUCUUUUGGCGUUGCAAGAAGCAAACAAUUCAAUCACGUUCUAGCACAGAAGCUGAAUAUCGAGCACUUGGAGACACCACAUCAGAGUUACUUAAUUUACGUUGACUACUAGAAGAUAUGGGUGUCUCUCAACAGCCUGCUACUAAUUUUUAUUGUGACAAUCAGAGUGCCAUGUAGAUUGUUUGUAAUGAUGUCUUCCAUGAACGCAUUAAACAUAUUGAGGUUGACUGUCACUUUGUUCGCCAUAAUGUUGCACAAUGAACUGUUCAUUUGGUUUUUAUUGGCUCUGCUAAUCAACCAGUAGACCUUUU